AUGGAAGAGAGUGGAACCAAAAAGUCUAACACUUAUCCAUGCGUUGAGCCCAUUAAAGUUCUCAACAGCUCCGGUGGGAUGACCAUUUGCGAUAAUUUGAAGGAUUACUCUAUGCCAUGUACGAUGUCUGCAUGCGAAGAAGAACACACCAUGAUCCACACCGGAGUGUGUAUUUGUAAAGGAGUCGGGUUCACCGUUAAAGGUCCCCCGGAGGAUGUGUUCUGCUGCUAUUGCAGUGACUGUGCGAUUGGAGCCGGGGGACCCUGUCAGAUUACAGCAAGCUAUGCCUCGUCCAACGUCACCAUUCACGAUCCGGACGUUCUCCUUACCUGCUACACGAUCACAGAGGGCACUAUAAGCGGUCGUGCGAAGGAAAAGCAUUUCUGCAAGAGGUGUGGAUGCACAGUAUUUACCAUACCUUACAGCCUCGACCGCCAGUACAUCGUCAUAAGACCAGUGCUGAUCGAAAACGGCCUCGAAAUCUACAAGCCAGGGCUGGAAUGUUUUGCAAAGCGACGUCCUAGUUACUUUGCAGGGUGCCAGUCAGCCAAGGAGUACGACAUCAUGCCGACAGAUGCUGGAAGCUCGGACACGAAGGGAUAA